AUGGUCCACGGAAAAGUCCUCGUCAUUGCCGGGUCGGACCCUUCAGGGGGGGCUGGCCUAGAAGCAGACCAAAAGGUCCUCGCCGCGCAUGGCUGCUACGCAAUGACCUCCACCACGGCGCUGACCAUCCAAAACACCAAAGGCGUCACCGGCGUCCACGUCAUACCGUCUGAAGUCGUUGGAAAGCAGAUCGAAGCCUGUCUCGAAGACAUCGGCGCCGAUGUCAUCAAAACAGGGAUGCUGGCAUCCGCCGAGACCAUCCAAGUCAUUGCUCAAAUGAUUACCAACUUCAAGGUCCCAGCUCUAGUAGUCGACCCGGUCAUGGUCUCAACAUCAGGAGCCCAGCUCCUCCCCCAUGAAGCCAUCGCACAACUAACCCAGCACCUCCUCCCUCACACCACCGUCCUCACGCCCAACAUCCCAGAAGCAACCCUCCUCUUGUCGCAAAAUGGCCACGAUGUCGGAGAGAUACAGUCAGUCGCCGAUGUCGAAGCCAUGGGACGCAAAAUCCAGGCGCUGGGCCCGAAAUGGGUCCUCGUCAAGGGCGGCCACAUGCCUUUCCGAAGAGACUUGACAGUCGCAAAGACAAAGGAAGAGAAAGAGGUUGUCAUUGAUUUCCUGAUCGGGCCAGAGGGAACGGUGGUUCGGAUCGAAAGCCCGUAUCAGGAGAGCACAAGCACUCACGGAACGGGUUGCUCUCUGGCUUCGGCCAUUUCAGCUCGUCUAGCUCAAGGCGCCGAUGUUCCCACGGCCGUCCGCGGUGCUUGUCGCUACAUCGAAGCAGGCAUCAAGACGGCUCCCAAGAUUGGCAAUGGACACGGCCCGCUUGAUCACUUCCACUCGACACACGUUCUCCCUUUCUCCCCAGGAUACUUUGUCGAAUACCUGUUCGAACACCCCGCCGUACGCGACGUAUGGAACGAGUUCCUCUACCAUCCUUUUGUCAUGGCCCUGGGUAACGGGACACUACCGCUCGAGUCUUUCAAGGGAUACAUCAUCCAAGACUAUCUCUACUUGAUUCACUUCUCCAGAGCCAAUGCUCUAGCAGCAUACAAAGCAAAGACCAUCGGCGACAUAUCAAGAUCCAACGAAAUCAUCACCCACAUCCUCCACGAAAUGAAGCUCCACGUAAACUACUGCAACUCCUUUGGCAUAUCCAAGCCUGAAAUCGAAGCCACCGAAGAACUCCAAGGCAAGCUCAUGCCUUUCUUUUUCCUGCACAUCACUCACUCCCUUUCCAUUCCUUCCUCCCUCCUCUCUCGCGAUCCCCUUCUCCCCUGCACCGCAUACACCCGCUACGUCCUCGACGUCGGCCAAAGCGAAGACUGGCUCGCCCUCCAAAUGGCCCUCGCCCCAUGCCUCCUCGGCUACGGCGCCGUCGCAAAGAUGCUCCACGCCCACGCCGACACCGUCCGCGAGGGCAACACCUACUGGGCCUGGAUCGAGAACUACAAGGCCGAUGACUAUGUUGAAGCCGUGAGGCUAGGAAGCGAACUCAUCGAGAAGAAUAUUCGAUUGCAAUCACCCAGCAGAAUAGAAGAACUCAUCAAAAUCUUCGUCCACGCAACAAGAAUGGAAAUUGGCUUUUGGGAAAUGUUUCCCUACAAAUGA